GGUGAGGAGAGAGUGCUGGCUCCUCACACUACACUCCUGAGCAGGCUCUGGAGCAGAAGGGGUUAACCGUGCAUUGCCUGUUAGAGACGGCAGAGACAAGUCACUGGCACAGAGAUCUGUGAGGCAGAAGACAGCUCAGUGCUGGAGAUGUGUGUGGGAUAAUAGACUGGGGGUCUUUCAUGGACUUUCAUGGUAUUUCUCACUUACCUUGAGCCCCUCCAUCCCCAGUCAGCGCCCACCCCUGGCACAGCUGGCAUCCGCUCACUGCCAGGAUUUCCACCCAUUCUCUCCUCUUCUUACAGCCCAAAACAUGAGAGUCCUCUGAGGAAGUGGCUGCAGGAUCUGUGCCCCCUCCACCACAACUACCACCACCAUCAUCCUCCUCAUCCUCAGGACCACUACUCGCUGCUGGCACUCCUCAUCCUCCUCCUGGCAUCUCUGUGGCAUUCGCAGCUUCUCUAGAUGAGGACAGACGAGGACCCGAUGAGAAGGCUCCCCGUCUCCUGCCCGCUGCCCACAUAUCUCCUCGCCAGCACCACCUCCGCCAGCACCACCCUGCCCUUGUCUACCCCAGACCCCAUCCUGUCCCCAUAAAACGAUCUAUGCAGGAAUGUCCUUUCUGGAAGCAGCUGCCACUUCUCUCUCUACAUCUCCCAUCCGGCUCCUCUGAGGAAUAUCUUUUUCCAUAGAGUGAAUUGUCAUUUUUUUGUUGUUGUUGUUGCCUCGUCUUCUGGAAGCGGCACAGAUGGAUAAGUGCAUGAAGAUCUGAUCCAUUCAGACGUGACCAUGUGGAUUAAACAGCUUUUAGGGAUCAGAUCAGGCCCUCCGAUAGGAAGCCAUGCUUGGAUAUUGAUAGCCAUUUUUCAACUAGCCAUGGAUUUCAUUAUUUGCGAAUCAGGACCGCCAAGUACUGCUUACAAAUACCUACAAAGACCAUCACUAGAACAUAGGAUACAUCACACAGCUCUAUGGAGCCCAAAGGGAAGGCAGAAACCAAGAAGUCGGAGAUAUCUCCGGAGUCCGUUUACAAAUUUUGAACAGAUUUAUCUUAGAGACAAUGUGGACCAUAUGUUUUCUAGACUGGUGCCAUCACAGGACUCUUCAAGAGCAAAAACAACUCCCUCCAGAGUAAGGGACACACUCAAAAUUAUCCAUUCAAAAAGGGAUAAAAGACAGGUCCAAAGGAGAAGUUGGAACAUUAGACCAUUUUUAGAUAGUGAAAGUCAGCCAACCACAGUAUCAGAAUUUAUUUUAUGGGGUCCGACAGGAGAUGACGACGUUGUGGAGUCCAGCACAAUCCCUGGGAUUUAUGAGACCACAAGAACCUCAACAACACAAAGGAGGACAACUUUUUUGGGAACUACCACGUCCACCACAACUUCCACAACAACGCAGAGUAAAGACAUGACUUCUCAAAACCCAGGGGGGCACAAAGAGAAAAAGCCCCCGGGGAGGAUUAGCACAACAGAACCUUUUCCGGGUAAUGGAAAAGCUGCAAGACCGAAGAUACCUAACGAAAGCUCAGGUCUGGCAGUACACCAGAUUAUUACCAUCACUGUCUCCCUUAUCAUGGUCAUUGCUGCCUUGAUAACAACACUCGUCUUGAAAAAUUGCUGUGCACAAAGUGGAAAUGCCAGGAGGAACAGUCACCAGCGAAAAAUCACCCAACAAGAAGAGAGCUGCCAGAACCUGACGGACUUUACGCCAGCUCGUGUGCCCAGCAACAUGGAUAUAUUCACUGCAUACAACGAAACCCUGCAAUGUUCCCACGAGUGUGUAAGGACCCCCAUACCUGUCUACACAGACGAGGCGUUACACCAAACCGGAGCGUAUAAGACAACGUUCAAUGGCAAUAGACCGACUUCUUCUGAUCGGCAUCUAAUUCCCGUGGCCUUUGUGUCUGAGAAAUGGUUUGAAAUCUCCUGCUGACUGGCUGAAGUCUGUUUUUCUUCCUGAGGGCAGGGCAGACGCCAUGUUUCUAUAUACUGGAUUCCCUUAGUGAACCUGUAAAAAAAAAAAAAACAUAACAGGUAUCUACUAUUUUUGUUUACGAAUGGGACAGAGCAGAACUCUACCGGACAAAUAUAUUUUUAUAAUAUGUAAAACCUACAGACACUGUAAUUUUUUUCCUCAAAAUAUAUGUUUUUUGGGGUUUGUUUUUGGAUAAAAGACAAAUGAAGAAAAAAAAAUUUCAAUGAUCAGAAGAAAUUCUCAAAACAAACAAAAAAAAAAGACUCACCAUAUGAAUUUUUGGAUUUGGACUGUGAUUUUUGAGCCUGUGCCAAUAAUACCAAUAUGUGCCAUGAGUCGAUGUUGGAGACUUCCAUUGAAAAUGAAGUUAAGUGAAUUCAUCUUAAAAAAAAUAAAAUAAAAAAAAGCGGCAAAAAUAAGGAAUCGGUGACCUGUUUAUAGGGGAUUAAACAUUGUAUAGAGACAAAAAAUGCAUCUUUUUUUUUUUCUUUUUAGUGGUGUAGCAUUUUCUGGGCUAUUGUUUUAACACAUUUCUUUUAAUACACUUAGAAUUUAAUGUAUAAUUUUAAGAACAGUCAUUGCCACUGCUUUAAAAUAGGUAAAUACUCAAAGAUAUCCAUGUGACAGUAUGAAAACUUUUCUAAGGAAUCAAUAUUUUAAUUGUUCUUUAAAGUAUUGAAUUGCCUUUUAAUACUUUAGUGCUGAGAACCUAUAUGCAACAAUACUUUGUAUUAUCUUUAUUUAUUCAUUUUAUGUCGAAGGAAUAAAAUUGUGAUCCUUUUUUAUUUUCACAUUUUUUUGGAGGGAGGUGGACAGGAAAAGUAAAAAAAUUAUAUUUUUAUUUACCCAAAAAAUAAAAUAAAUAAAACGUAUUCUACUUCAAAAUUGUAAACAUUUGACUCCAUAUCAGAGAAGACAUGAAGAAAAUGUAAAGAAUAAAUAAAAUACAGAAUUCUAAAGUUUUAAAAUUUAUUCACCAUCGUUAAGGUCAUGAAACAAAUGCAAAAAUAAGAUAAAAUAAAAAUAGACCAAAACUUUGACAGGAAAUGAAACAUUUUUUUUGAUUUAAUAAAUAAAUAAAUAAAUAAAGUAAAAUAUUCAAAAACAAAAAAAUUACAAUUCCUUAUCAAUAAAGCCAUGUAAAAAAUGAGUGACAUGAGUUAAAGUCAAUAAAAAAAAUUAAGAUUAUUGUCAUAAAAACAAUCAAACUGAAUUUAUAAUUCUGUUUAAGGUCUAUUUAAAACCAUUAUCGGGGUGUUACAAUUCUCCCAGGACAAGUGCCAAAUGAUUAAAUAUGAAAUAAGACUCCAACCUACAACAAUAGUAAGUCUGGGCCAUGGUGCAAAUCAUAGUAUGACUAAAUCACUAAAAUACACAAAAAAAAUGUAACUAAAAAUAUUUGAAUUAUUAUUUUUUGUACUCAACUCCUUAUACACUAAGUCAUGUGAGAAAUUAUAAAGCUAUUAAAAAUAAAGCAAAUUUAAAACAUUGUUUUUUUUUAAUAGUUUUUAAUAAAAGAUGGAAAAAAAAUCAAAAAAAAAAUUUGAGAAUUCCCUAUUUAUGGAGUGAUGUAGGAAACCAUAGAGUGACUGAAUGAUUAAAGCAAGUUUAUAACAAAGGUAAAUUAUUUUUUAACUAUGUACUUAGGAAGGAAUCUAUGCCAAGUAUCUCCUAGGAGUGGAGUGAAAUAAGAAAUAAUAGAAUGACUGAAUGAUUUAAGUGUCCGUGUUAUUAAAAAAACAAAACUUUUUUUUAAUCGGUUGGGAGUUUUGGGACCUCUGACGAUCAGUAGCAUGAAUAGAAGGGAGCACGUGUUUAAAGGUGUACUCAGCCCCUAGACAUCUUAUCCCCUUUUCCAAAAGAUAGAGCAUAAGGUGUCUGAUCAAGGGGUCCAGCCACUGGGACCCCUGCAAUCUCUGGCUCGGCACCCCAGCGUUCUGAACAUUUAUAUUCAGAAUGCUGGCGUUGGGUGGCCUUGUUGGUGACGUCAUGCCAUGCCCCCUCCAUUCAUGUCUAUGGAGGGGGCGUGACGGCCAUCACGCCCCCUCCCAUAGACAUGAAUGGAGGGGGUGUGAUGUCACAACCACGGCCACCCAGCACCAGCGCUCUGAACAUAAAUGUUCAGAACGCUGGGGUGCCAAGCCAGAGAUUGCGGGAGGUAAGUGGCCAAACCCCUGCAAUCACACAUCUUAUCCUCUGUGCUUUGGAAAAGGGGAUAAGAUGUCUCAGGGUGGAGAACCCCUUUAAGCGCUUUACAUCCUGCUCCAUUAUAAGUUAAUGGAGCCACAAGGAGAAGAUUGCUGAAAGCUCCCUGCUCCUUUCCACUGAGACCCCAACCAAUCAAAAGUUUUAAUGGCAGGGACAAUUAAAAACAAGUUUACAACAGAAUGUUGUUGUUUGUUUUUGUAUUAAAUAAAUGUAAAAAAAAAAAAAAAAAAAGAAUGAAAAAAUUCCAAAUAAUAUUGCCAAGAAUUCCCUAUUUAUAGAUUGUUGUACAGUAGGAAAUCAUAGAGUGAAUCUGUCACAUUAAACAGUCAAGUGGGUGGUCCUAAUGGGCAUGCUGGGAGUUUUGCAACAACUGGGGUUACCUUGGUUGAAAAACACUGGAUUGGCAGCUACAUCUGUAUACAUACUCAUACCAGGAAGGCUGUGACAGAUUAGGACCGCCCACUGGACUCCCAAGCCCACAAUGUGGCGGGCUUCUGAUCAAUAAAUGAGAAGUUGUACUGGAUCUAUUCCCACACCACUAUAUCUGCUCUAUAGAAACUGCUCACCUUGUUUGGUUGUGGAACAGACAUAACCACUUUGCAGAUGUAUUUAGGGGGUGCAGCCCCCCAGGUGGUGGAAUUGAAACGUGCAAGCUGAAGAAUGAGGAGAAACUAGAGAAAAUCCUGGUUGUUCGGCUCAAUCUGCCGGGAGUUUGACUUAGUAAACCAUGGGUAUAAUUUAAAAUACAACAUGUUUCAGGUCUUAGGAGACCCUUCAUCAGGUGUAAUUUCCCCCUGAUGAAGGGGUUCCUGAGCACUGAAACCCAUUUUGACUAUGGUUUAAGUAAUAAGAAAUAUCAAUAAUUUACUAAGUUACUCUCUUUCUGGAAGAUUGUGCCAAACACCUGGGAUUUUCUCCUCUUCAGUUCCUUUAAAAAUUACAAAGACUGGAAUAUAACUUAGCAACAUUAAAAUAAAUGAAUAAACAAAAAAUUACAGCCUAUCUUACCUACAGGGGCGCCCAAAAUUUGGGGAUUUUAGAUAUUAUUAUACUGUGAGUUUAUAUUGUAAAAUAGAAAGGGCACUUUUAUUUAAUUCUGUGUACAUUGAAUAUGACUUUAUAAAGCACAGUUAUAAAUGCUAUAACAUAAAAAUACCCCAUACACUUUAGCUUGCUUGUUCGAUUUUUUUUAUGUUUUUUUUUUUCCUUUCUGACAUUAAACUGAUUUAUUGAAAUAAUAUUUGGAGUACCUUAUUUUCCUUUUAUGCUCAUUGUUCAUUAUUACUGUUUUUGCUUUUGCUCCCGGUUGUGAGUUGUUUGUGUAGUAAUUCUUUCUUAAACACAAUAACAUAUAUCACAUUUGAUUUCUCAUGUACAAUUUCCAGAUACACAUGUAGGAUUUUUAUAUAUAUGUAGAUACAGUUCUUUUUUUGUGUUGAUGUUAGAGCAGAAAAUAAGCCCCAAAAAUAUUUACGAUAAUUUAUAGACUUUAUUUUUCUGCUAAAAUAUGGACUGAGCCUCUUCUCCACCUCAAAAAUGUAUAUGAAGGUUUUACUUGCAAUAUAUACUUAUUUACAAAAAGAUUAUUCUGUCUGUUGUUAUAUAAUAAAUGGAAGAAAAACUAA